CCCUCUUGGCGAGAACCACCGGCUCUAUCCCUCUUUCGCGCAAAGCACCCCCCCCGCCGAACGCACCCACCGCCGACGUUCUCCCCCGCUGCCAGAGCUCCUACCCGAGUGUUUUCGCGGGGGGACUUUGGCCUUUCCCCCCCCUCGGCUGUUUGCUCGCACGGUUCUUAGACCCUCGCCGGCGACGUCACGCCGGCCUCCCUAGACACCGGCAUAUUUCUUCCCGAGAAGAGCAGCAAGCUUAACACUGGUAAAGCUGUGGCAAUUGGUCCUGGAAUUCGAGAUAGAGACGGGAAACAAAUACCUAUUUCUUUGAAGGAAGGAAAUGUUGUUCUUCUGCCUGACUAUGGUGGAACUGAAGUGAAACUUGAAGAGACGGGCAUGCUUCGUGCGUAUACUCUACUUUCUCGAAGACUCAUUGGCUUCAGGACCAUAAGAACUGGAAAAUCCUUGAAGACCUCAAAAAAAACAGCAAAGAGGAGUUUUUUUAUGCAAUUUGAGAUGUACAAUAGUGGACAUGUUACCAAACGAGGCGCUCUUAUUGUUUUGGAAGGAUUGGAUCGCUGUGGGAAGACCACUCAGUGUGGCAGAUUGGUCUCAUUCCUUGAAGGGAAUGGCCUUCCAGUAGAAGCAUGGCGAUUCCCUGAUAGAAAUACUGAUACUGGAAGAAUGAUUUCAUCAUAUCUCACCAACAAUUCAGAGCUAGAUGAUCAAACAAUCCAUUUACUUUUCAGUGCAAACAGAUGGGAGAAGAGGUCACUAAUGGAGAAUAAGCUAAGAAAUGGAACCACACUUGUGGUUGACCGUUAUUCAUAUUCAGGAGUUUCUUUUUCAGCUGCCAAAGGCCUUAAUGUCAAGUGGUGUAAGGCUCCAGAAAAGGGUUUGAUAGCUCCAGAUCUAGUUGUUUUCCUGGAUAUAUUGCCAGAGGAAGCUGCAAGAAGAGGAAACUAUGGAUUUGAAAGGUACGAACAACUUGAGUUCCAAAAGAAUGUUGCCCACUAUUAUCGGAUUCUCAAUGAUGCUACCUGGAAGGUUAUUGAUGCUAGCCUUCCACUGGAGUUAAUUGAGAACCAGAUUCAAAAACUUGCACUAGAGAGCAUUGACUCGUGUCAAGAGAAGCCCUUAUCUAGCCUAUGGCUCGAUGAUUAAGUAUCAUUCAACGUAUGGGAGAUCAAAGAACCGACAAACUGCUGGGGAGUCGCGUUGCCGUUGGAUUUAACAUAUCCGAAGAUGUCGUUGCUUCCGAUUAUAACGGC